UAUAUUUGGUCAAACAUUAGCUGGUUACAAAACUAAAAGGUGGACAGAGAGAUUACAUGUGCAACACGCGACUGUAGCGUCUAGUCUGCUCAGUCCACAGCGGAAGAUAUAAUAUCACUCGAGAGAGGAGUUUAUAGCAAAAAGAAAGAAAAAAACAUGGAGAGGACGGUCAGCCUCCCCAAUCAGCCCGACAAAACUACCACAGUGACUCUGGUAGAGAGCAGCACCGCCCCCAGCGGGCUGGAACUGGUCAGUUCCUACCAGACCAACAGAGUGGGGGACCCCAUGGACCUGGUGGCCCUGGCAUCGCAAGUACAGAAGGGAGAUGAUUUCAUUAAAGCCAACGCUUGCAACAAACUGACAGUCAUCGCUGACCAGAUCAGAUACCUCCAGGAACAGGCGAGAAAGGUUUUAGAAGAGGCUAAAAGAGACGCUGACCUCCACCAUGCUGCCUGUAAUAUUGUGAAAAAAGCAGGCAACAUGUAUUACCUCUACCAACGGCCAUCUGGACAGAAAUACUUCUCCAUCAUCUCUCCUAAGGAAUGGGGUCCAAGUUGCCCUCACUCUUUUGUCGGCGCAUUCAAACUUCAACACGACAUGUCCUGGACCCCCAUCGAUGAGGUGGAGAAGAGAGACUCAGAGAUCGCCAUCAUGGACAAACUUCUCAGCCAGCAGACUGCCUUACCACCUUUCACAGGACCCAACUUCAAGGGCCUCUCUGACUGAAGGACUGAAUAAAGGACUGGACUUUGAAAAGGACACUGGGUGGAUGCUAACUAUAGUCUUAAUGGACAUGAAUUUGAACUGACUAUAACCCAUACAUGGAUUGGAAUCACACACAGUGUCCUGGGUGACUUUUAUGCACUGACUGAAGUGCACAAUGCAUCACUGUCACUUUUUGUUUGUAUACACAGCGGCUGCUGAUGUUGGAUGUAUACAGCUCCAACCUUAGGGAUGCUUUCCUAAAAUUGAAAAAUAUCAAAUUGGACUACUCUGGAAAGCCUGUGUAUGGACCUUUUACCAAAUAAAGUUUAAAAUAUUUACUUGUUAGCCUUUAUUAAACCUGUUUCACCCACAGUUAUCUUGUCAACUUACAUCACAAGGAUAAAAUUUAAAGCUGCCCUGUAGAGAUUUCUGCAAGGAAAAGGCACCAUUGUAUGUUGGAGGCUCUUUCAUUUCUAGCCUGUAACCAAUAUGAUGUGAAUUGUUUUGACUGUACUUGGUAAAUAAAUACCAAAAUAUUUCAUUUUACAUUAUUGUUUAAUUUCAGGUCAAGAAAAUUAAAGUGCAAUA